CAAAGAAAUUUCCUUCUUUCCAUCCCACUCUCGCUCCCCAAUUUCCCCAUUCUCUGUCACACUCUCUUCCUCCAAGCCCAGGACACAGGAAGCGUUGAUAUAUAUAUAUAUCCAGGACAAGAACAAGGCUCAGCAGAAGAACAAGAAGAAGGGACGUCCCCAGCCAGACCUACAACCACAAUCAGCCAUACAACAACAAACCGCUUCCACAAAUCAGUCCCGAGAUGCAGCACCCGCAGCAGCACCCGCAAUACCAACAAGCAUACCAAUACAGUCCGCAGCAGCAGCAUCAGCAUCAGCAACAGCAACAGCAGCAGUACAACCAUCGGAAUCUGUACCAGCAAGGCUCGCCCGGGGAACAGCAGCACCAGCAACAGCAAUACCAGCAGUAUCAGACGGUCGUUCAACAGCAGCAGCGACGUCCGUCCGGUGCAGAGGCCACGAUUCUUCAGAGUUCGUUAAAGGACUGGUUUGAUGCUGUUGAUACGGAUCAUUCGGGAAGUCUCUCCUGUGAGGAACUUCAGCGGGCACUCAUGAAUGGUGACUGGACGCCGUUUAAUGUCGAGACGGUCCGUUUGAUGAUGAACAUGUUCGACCGAGACAACGACGGGACCAUCUCCUUCAACGAAUUCAUCGGCCUCUGGAAUUACAUCGAGAAAUGGAAGGCCUGUUUCCAGACCUACGAUCUCGACGGAUCAGGAACCAUCGAUGCCAUGGAGCUCCAAAAGGCCCUCCGAGGCUUCGGUUACAACCUCAGCGAGGCCAUCGUCUCCAUGAUUGUCACCAAAUACGAUGUCCGGGGUAGGGGCGACAUCAGUUUCGACAACUUUGUUCAGUCCUGUGUCACCAUCCAGACCCUCACGGACGCCUUUCGGAGGAUCGAUGUCGCAGGCACAGGCGUUGUGACCAUGUCCUAUGAACAGUUCCUUGGGUUAGUCAUCAACAAUCGCUGAAUAACCCCCCACAUCGUGGCAGGAAUUAUCUACAGAUGCCGUUGAAGAAUAAAGUAGCUACAGCAACACUUGUCCC